UUGGCCUGCGGCGCAGCGGGGUCUGCUGGCUGGGGCCGCGGCUCGCGUCCUCGACUUCUUUUUUUCCGUCCCGCGCGGUCGGGCGGGGAGCGGCCCGGCCCUCGUGCUGGGGCAGGCGGAGGCGCAGCGCGGGGCGGGGGCCGCUGCCUUUCUGCCGGCGUCCGGACCGGCCCGCGCCUUCGCAGCGUGUUCCCUCCAUGCAUCCGGAGCCCGCCCCGCCCCCGAGCCGCCACAGUCCGGAGCUUCCCCUCAGCAGCGGCAGCACCACCAGCGGCAGCCGCCGGAGCCGCCGCAGCGGGGACGGGGAGCCCUCGGGGUCCCCGCCGCCGCCAGCCGCCGUCAGCUACCCGGACUGGAUCGGCAAGAGUUACUCCGAGGCGAUGAGCCUCAACGAGCACUCGAUGCAGGCGCUGUCCUGGCGCAAGCUCUACUUGAGCCGCGCCAAGCUCAAAGCCUCCAGCCGGACCUCGGCUCUGCUCUCCGGCUUCGCCAUGGUGGCCAUGGUGGAGGUGCAGCUGGACCCUGAGCACGACUACCCCCCGGGGCUGCUGAUCGCCUUCAGUGCCUGCACCACAGUGCUGGUGGCCGUGCACCUGUUUGCACUCAUGAUCAGCACCUGUAUCCUGCCCAACAUCGAGGCCGUAAGCAACGUGCACAACCUCAACUCGGUCAAGGAGUCACCCCAUGAGCGCAUGCAUCGCCACAUUGAGCUGGCCUGGGCCUUCUCCACCGUCAUAGGCACACUGCUUUUCCUCGCCGAGGUUGUGCUGCUCUGCUGGGUCAAGUUUCUGCCCCUUAAGAAGCAGUCGGGCCAGCAACGUCCCACUUGCAAGCCUCCGUUGGACAGCGCGGCCUCCAACAACAGCUCUGGCAUCACCCCAGGCCAGGCGGCGGCCAUCGCCUCCACCACCAUCAUGGUCCCCUUCGGCCUGGUCUUCAUCGUCUUCGCUGUGCACUUUUACCGCUCCUUGGUCAGCCACAAGACGGACCGGCAGUUCCAGGAGCUGAGUGAGCUGGCUGAGUUUGCCCGCCUGCAGGACCAAAUGGACCACAGAGGGGAUCACCCCCUGACACCCGGCAGCCACUAUGCCUGAACCCUCUGCAGCCCUCCCUCAGGGCUUUGGCCUGGCUCCCUUCCCUGUGACCUUGCCCUGCCACAGCCUCAAGGACAACCUGGGUAGGGAGCUGGGCUUCUUCAAGGGGUAGAGGAAAGAGGCUUUUUGUAAAAGAGAUGGCUACAUUUUGAAACUUUCCUCGAAGUCAGAGGAAAAGCACUUGCUGGUGUGCAGCCCCAGGCCCGCCUCUUGGGAGGAGCAAGGGAGGGCUGGUGGAGAGCCAGUGGAGACGCUGCCCAGUCCUCCCCGCUCCCCGUGCCAGUAGUACCUGGGUGCUCCCUGUCCCUUCCAUCUUGACCUCCUUCCUAUUCUGCAUCGAGCGUGUGCAUGUGUGUGUGUACACAUAAAUAUAUUCCGAAGGGACGCCUCCUGCCUGGAUCUCUUUCUUGGGUUUGGGGUGGUUUUUCUCGGUAUCUUCCAUCUGGGGGCCUCUAAGCAGAAUCUUUGUUGUAUGGUGUUCUGUUUUGCUCUUUUCAGCAUUUUUUUUUUAAUUUUGAAAAAUUUAAAGCCUAGCAAAAAAUGCAUAAAUAGUAACUGGAAUAGGUGAGGAUACUUCAAAAAGUACAUGAAAAAUUGGAAUUAAAAAGAACCUAACAAUGGGUGCCCAAAAAUGUCAAAAAGUAUGUAUAAGGGUCAUGGAUAAUACAUAUUGUGAAAAAAUAAUGGCAAAUUUUUUCACACUGAAAAGUUGUUUCAUUCUGUUUUUCCACACAUUUUUGAAGGACCCUGUGUCACAGUCCUGAUUCUGUGUAAACUCUGGAUUACCAAACACCGGGCCCCUGCUCUGGGGGAGACAUGAGAUUGGCUGGCUGCUGCCCUUUGGUCAUGAGGUUCCCACCCGCCCGUGAAGACGUGUCCUCGUUUUAGGUGUGUUUUGUAUAAAGACAUCUUUAUAUCGUUGAUUCAUUGAACUCAAAGCCAGCAGGACUGCGAUUCAAGCCUGAGCAAAACUCGGCAAAUGCACAUGGUGCAUCCAGCCUGCGCUCGCCUGCGCUCAGCUGUGUCGCCUGGGGACCAUUUUAAACAGCAGAAUCGCCAACAGGACAAUUUGUGAAAAAUGUGACACUAAAUAAAUCGUAAAAAUGACACCCAUUUAUAAUCACGGAGCUGAAACCAGACCAGGGCUGUUCAGCCUCAGUGUGUAGCGAAUUCGCAAAUACUGAACCGUGAAUGAUGAGGCCUUAUGUGUUUAUUUUCCCUUCUGAGUUAUGGGCUUUUUUCUUAGAUUCGGUAUAUAUAUACCUUGUUUUGUUUUUGAAGCUUAUUUGAAAGGCAGCACCAUCAGAAAGAUCUUCCAUCUAUUGGCUCACUCCCUACAUGUUUGCAACACCUGGGGCUACGCUAGUCCAAGCCAAGAAUCAUGCACUCUCCAGGGUCCCACAUGAGGGGCAGGGGUCAGAGUACAUGACUGCCAUCAGCUGCCUUGCAGCAGUUCAAACCAGCACUUCAAUAUGGAGUGCUGGCACCAGAAGCAGAGGGUUAACACUCUGCACCACACCAUCUCUAGCAGCCACGUGUUUUUUGUUUUGUUUUGUUUUUGUUGUGUUUUAAGGUUUAUUUGUACCCUGGUGCAGUCCUGGUGAUCAGACCAGAAUCUGCCACUGGGACCCAUGUGGCAGUGGAAGGGGAUUUAGAUUCCCUGGGGAAGGGAGUUUGAGGAUAUGUGCGAAUGGGGGUUGCUGGGGGAGUGUUUGACAGGUGUGGAAUGUCUCAUGGGAGACUCCAAGGACUGGACCACUGCCCUCACAGGUGAGGAAUGACAGGGAGAGCGAGCUCCCACGUGCCAAGCCACUACACUUACAAGUCAACAGUGGAAUUUAGAUGGGGUGAUUUAUAAAGGAGAAUUGGAGGGCAUGUCUGGAUCAGAUCAAGGCACCUACCCGCCUGGGAGACCCAGUCGGCUGUGUAGCAUCACCCUCUGCCCUCUGGCACAUGUGAAAGCUAGUGCAGUGCUUACCUUGCAGGCCUAAGCCACAGAACCUACCAGUGAGUGUUAGGGCAGGGGGUGGGCUGUGCAGGGCUGAGCCAUGGCAACAACUGACUAUAGAACCAGGUCUGGGGACAGAUUCUGUGGGGGACUUGUGGGCUUACCCUUGUGGGACUGUAGAACCUGCUGGUUAACCUGAAGCUAGGGGUGUUAAUGUGUUGAGCCAGGCACAACCCCGUAAUUCACCAAUGUUAACAGGAGCUGGGGUUUGAAACAGGCUGUGUUGGGCCAGGCUGCAAUACCAACCAGCACACCCAAGAACCAGGUCCAGAGGUGGGUUG